AUCCUUUGCAUAUUUUACAAUUAAAGACAGACUGCCCCAGAUCCUCACAAGAGUUAUUGAUACUCUGCAUCGACAUAAAAAUGAAUUUUUUGAAGAACAUGGUGAGAAGGGUGUUGAAGCAGAGAAGAGAGCUAUCUCUUUCCUCUCCAAACUGCGGAAUGAACUGCAAACAGACAAACCAGUGACCCCUCUAGAAGAUGAGCUGCCUGAUGCUCCACUGUGGAACCAAUACCUAGACUACCAACGAAAUUUAUCAAAUGGAAAUGGAGAAUCGAGUUGGUUUCAGUCCCCUUGGUUAUAUGUAGAGUGUUACAUGUAUCGAAGAAUUCAUGCAGCAUUAGCACAGAACCCACCUAUUGACAACUUUGACGUAUUUAAGGAAGGAAAGGCACAAAAUUUCUUUGAAUCCCAAGAGGCUGUUAUUGCCUUAUGCACUUACUUUCAGGAACUUCUAAAAAACGUCAAGGAUCUAGACGAAAAGCAACUUCAGGAGGAACUUUUUAAGCUAUUGCAGGUGUCAUUGUGGGGCAAUAAGUGUGACCUUUCUUUUUCAGCUGGUGAAGACAGCUCUCAGAAAUCUAGUCCUUUACAGUCCCUGGAAAACAUGAUUCCUUACAUCUUAGUGAAUGAUAUGGAAAAAAUUUGGUCACUACUUGUAAAUGCCAGAAAAAGAAAUACAGAAAAAAGUAAUGUUAGAGUUGACAUAAUCCUGGAUAAUGCUGGAUUUGAACUUGUAAGUGAUCUUGUGUUGGCUGACUUCCUGGUAUCAUCAAAGCUAGCUGAUGAAGUCCAUUUUCAUGGAAAAAGUAUUCCAUGGUAUGUGUCAGAUACCACAAAGCAUGAUUUUAACUGGACUGUUAAACAACUGCAGUCAGCUAAUCAUAUGUGGAUGUCUAGAUGUGGGAUAAACUGGGAGGGCAAUUUGAAAAAGGGAGUUUGGGUUUACCGUGAUCACAUGUUUUGGACUUUGCCACAUGACUUUUCCAGUAUGGCUGAAGUUGCUCCUGACUUGUAUGCUGAUCUACAGAAGUCAAACUUGCUUCUUUUCAAAGGUGAUCUAAACUAUAGAAAGUUAACAGGAGAUAGAAAAUGGGAAUAUACUGUUCCAUUUCAUCAAGCCUUGAACAAGUUUCAUCCUGCGCCCCUCUGUAGUUUGAGAACACUGAAAUCUGACACUCAGGUUGGCCUAAAACCUGGACAAGGUGAACAAAUUCAGGCUUCUGAACCUGAAUGGAUGGUAAAUGGAAAAUAUGGGGUAGUUCAGUUUGAUGCUGCUCUCUAGUUAAAUGGUUCCGAAUAUUCUGAAAGAGAGAUUCAGCCUGAGUUUUAACUACUUUCUCUGCUCCAUGCUUGGCUUCAGCAAAGAUUCUUUUUUGUUGCACUUCUUCCUUCCAAGCGAUUUGUUGUUUUUGUUCCACAGAAGACUUUAAUGUUGUGCAAAAGUUUAUAAACUGUCUUUGUAUACAUAAA